AUAAAACAAGUGAAGACAACGCGCAUUUGCUCACUCGCGUCUUGCAAGCGUGGCUUGCUUCGUAUCAACUAACUUUGAUUGUUAAGUGACAUCUAAUUUGACUUAUUAGAUAUUUAUUUAUACAAGAAGUGCAUGAAUAGUGAAUAAAAUGAGUCAAAAUAAUAAUGAGGGUAUUGAAGUCGUAGCUCCGGAUGAGCCAGCAUCUGAAGCUAGUCCAAUUCCGGAAUCUCCAAAACCACAACAAACAACACAACUUGAAUCAUCAUCGUCAAAUCGAAAAAUUUCUCUACAAUCCACUUCGAAUACAAAGAAGGAAAAUAAUGCCGACGAUCAACAAGACCGGAUGAUGUGGGACAAUCAAGUCGAGUUUCUUAUGUCGUGCAUCGCCACAUCCGUGGGUCUCGGCAACGUGUGGCGGUUUCCGUUCGUUGCUUACCAGAAUGGCGGCGGUGCUUUCCUUAUACCCUACCUUAUCGUACUCUUUCUUAUUGGAAAACCCAUGUACUACCUGGAAUGUGUACUAGGACAAUUCAGUUCAAGAAAUUCUAUUAAAGUCUGGUCAUUAUCUCCUGCAAUGAAAGGUACCGGCUAUGCACAGGCUCUGAGCUGCGGUUACAUAUUGUCCUACUAUGUGUCAAUCAUCGCAUUGUGUCUAUUUUAUCUAUCGAUGAGUUUCCAAUCAGUACUGCCAUGGUCUGUCUGUGAUGAAGCAUGGGGAAAUGUAUCAUGUGUGCCAUCUAAACCAGACGGCUCAGUACCACCCCCUAAUGCUACUAGUAGCGCCGAAUUGUAUUUCAUAAAAACAGUGCUUCAGCAGAGUGAUGGCAUAGAAGGUGGAUUAGGCGCUCCGGUGUGGUAUCUGUCUCUGUGCCUCCUGGCGUCGUGGCUGAUAAUUUUCUUUAUCGUGGCACGAGGAGUGAAGAGUUCCGGCAAAGCUUCGUAUUUCCUUGCUUUGUUUCCUUAUGUCGUCAUGAUCAUCUUGCUAAUUAGUACUUGCCUUCUGGAUGGCGCUGGAAAUGGCAUUUUGUUCUUCUUGACACCACAAUGGGAGAAACUUAUCGAGCUGGAUGUGUGGUACGCAGCUGUGACACAAGUAUUUUUCUCUCUCUCAGUAUGCACCGGAGCCAUUAUUAUGUUCUCUUCGUACAAUAAAUUCGAUCAGAAUAUCUACAGAGAUUCUAUGAUUGUAACUACAUUGGAUACAUUUACAAGUUUAUUAUCUGGCAUUACUAUAUUUGGUAUCCUUGGCAAUUUGGCACACGAGUUGGGCCAAGAAGUGUCAGAAGUAAUUGGAUCUGGCGGUACUGGUUUAGCUUUCAUUUCAUAUCCAGACGCAAUUGCUAAAACAUUUCAGCCCCAAUUAUUCUCAAUAUUGUUCUUUUUGAUGAUGUCGGUGCUCGGCGUGGGAUCAGGAGUUGCGCUGCUCUCCACCAUCAAUACUGUUAUGAUGGACGCCCUGCCUAAAAUUCCUGUUUUAUACAUGUCAGCCAUGUGUUGUACUGCUGGAUUUGCUAUUGGUCUCGUCUACGUCACUCCGGGUGGUCAAUAUAUACUGGAACUAGUGGAUUAUUAUGGUGGUACAUUCCUUGUACUUUUCUCCGCCAUUUCCGAAAUUGUCGGCGUAUUCUGGAUUUACGGUUUAGAGAACUUCUGCCUUGAUAUCCAGUUCAUGUUGGGAGUAGAUACGUCAGUGUAUUGGCGUUUCUGCUGGGGUAUUAUCACUCCAGCUAUGAUGUUAGUGGUGUUUAUAUAUGCCCUAACUUCAUUUGAAGCUAUCAAAUUCGGUGGUACUUACACGUACCCUACUCUUGGAUAUGUGUCUGGAUACUUGAUGUUGUUUGUUGGUAUCGCCUUCGUGCCUAUCUUCAUACUCUUGACAAUAUUGAAAAACAGAUCAUCAAAAGAGCCUGUAAAGGAAUCUUUUCAAUCAAAAAAGUCGUGGGGUCCACGAUUAUCCAACCUACAUACUGAGUGGGAAGCAUUCAAACAAAAAUGGAAAAACGCACGCAAGGAUCUACAUGUUUCCCGAGUCACGCACAUAUGGUACAGUCUCACUGGUGGAUAUCAGAAAAGAACUAGUAUUAACAACACUGUAAAUAUUGUAUAUAACUAGAUUAAUUAAUAGGUAGUAAUUAAUUGUUGUUAGAAUGAUCUAUAAUUUAUUGCCACCACUAACUUAGUCAUAGAAAAAAAUAAAAAAGUACAGAGCAAUAUCACAUAACUACUUACAUAUCUAUGAAUAAAAAUACAAAAAAAUAUAUACAUAAUAACAUAAGAAGUGCCUCACCUACACGUUAUGCCCUGUAUUAUAAAAAAACAGUCAACGAAAAUCUUGAAAAUCACAAUUAAAAAUACAACUUAGAACACUUCUAACCACCUAAGUUAAUUAAAAAAAAAGGCCAGACAUAUUUUAUAGACAUACAGAAUUUGUACAGACGAGUAUUAAUCUAUGACAAAAAGAGUAUUCUUCACAAAUAUUUUUGUAAUUUUUAUAUAAUUAGUUAAAUAAAGCAUUGUAUUUUUUUAUGAUAAUAAUUUGACGACGUAGCUGGUAUUUGCGAUUACUACAAUAUUAAAUAUUGUUAUAACUAACUAACCAUACUAUGUACAUCAGUAAAAAAAUUUGAAAAGCCUAAGACAACUUAUGUUUGCAUCCUACAUUUUGUCACUAUAGGACUUAUUGAACUAUCUGAGGUAGUAAUAAAAAUCAUUAACAUAAUUUUUAAAGAGCGCUUUAUUAGUAAAACUGGAUAUGAACAUUGUUAAAGAAAAAAAUUAAACUUCUAUGAUAAAACAGCUGUCAAGUUAAAAUAAAAAGAUUAUUUUUUUUAGUUUUUCUACUUAUAUUGUUUUAAGUAUGAUACUCAAGAUUCAGUAACAGAACACUCCCUUAGAAGGAUAUUAAUUAUUAUUAUUUCACUACAUAUGUGUAUGAUCAUAUUACCGUAUUUUAUAUGUAAAGUCACUAAUACUUACCUUUUUAGGUAAGUAAUAAAAAUGAAAAAUGAUUUAAUAUAUUUUUAAGAUAUAUCAAAACUUUUAUUUUAAAGUGUCAGCAUUAUAAAUUAUCACAAUAAUAAAAUAAUAAUAUUAAUGCAAUAACUCCCAACAAAUAAAUAAUAUAGCCAAUAAAACUAUUAUGUAUAGUAUCAACAAAUUUUUGUACUAGCUGAAAACAAUGCAUAAAAUUAUUGUGAUACUUUAAUUAGGUACUGUCUAUCUAUGCCUUUUACAAUGCAAUCAGUGUGAAGUUAUUUAUUUUCGCAUUCCUUAUCGUAGUGUUGAUUUAAAUUUUCAAAAACAUUAUGUAUUUUCAUUAGCAACAUCACUAAAUUUAAGUAUGAUACAUGAAAUGUGCUUUAGCGACUACUUUUUGUGUAAUAUUAAAAGGAUAAUAAAUAAUUUUAAUGCUAAGAACAAUGUAUUAAAUACAGUGAAUAAGAAAAUGAA